ACUAAAAAGGUAGAUCCACAUCUAGGUUUAGAAUACAGAAAUCCUACCACAGAAUUUCGACACCAAAAUCUUAUCCUAUAACGUUUAUUCGAUAUAUACAUAUAUAUUACAAUAGCCUCAAAUUCCACUAUGAACCAAGUGCAAAGCACAUCAAUAUGGAAGAGCCCUUCUUGUACACGUUUCUUGCCCUCGUCAUCCUUCUCCCAAUUUCCAUGCUUUUCCUAAAAGCCAGAAAACGACAUAAAAAUCUCCCACCAAGCCCACCUUCAUAUCCGGUGAUCGGUCACCUCCAUCUCCUGAAAAUCCCACUCCACCGAACUCUACUCGGCCUCUCACAGAAAUACGGUCCAGUUUUCUCCCUCCGAUUUGGCUCUCGCCGCUUGGUUGUCUUAUCAUCACCCUCGGUGGUCGAAGAAUGCUUCACCAAAAACGACGUCGUCCUCGCCAACCGCCCUCCCCUCCUCAUAAGCAAGCACAUCGGCUACAACAGCACCACCGUCUCGACCGCCCCCUACGGCGACCACUGGCGCAAUCUCCGCCGCAUCGCCGCCAUCGAGAUCUUCUCCGCGGGCCGCCUCAAGAUGUUCUUGGGCAUCCGGAGGGACGAGACCAAGCGAUUGCUCACCAAACUUUACUCUCACUCCCAACAAGCCGGCGAUAAUUUCGCCAAGGUUGAGCUUAAGUCGAUGUUUUCGGAGCUGACGUUCAACAUCAUAAUGAGAAUGGUGGCCGGGAAGCGGUACUACGGCGAGGGCGUGACGGACGAGGAGGAGGCAGUGGAGUUCAGGAAGAUCGUGAAGGAGGCUGCGGCCUCCGCCGGGGUGGCUAAUCCCGGAGAUUUCUUUCCGAUUCUGAAUUGGUUUGGGAAGGACGGUUACGAGAAGAGGGUGAUGAGGCUGGCUAAGAAGACUGAUGCCUUCUUGCAAGGUCUGAUUGACGAGCAUCGGAGCAGGAAAGAGAGUAGAAACACCAUGAUCGAUCAUUUACUUUCUCUCCAGGAAUCGCAGCCUGAGUACUACACGGACCAGAUUAUCUAAGGAUUUGUACUGGUAUUGUUGUUGGCGGGGACGGACACAUCCUCGGUAACACUAGAAUGGGCCUUGUCCAAUUUACUCAACCACCCCCAUGUUUUAAAAAAGGCUAAACAAGAAUUAGAUGCUCAAGUUGGUGAACAACACUUGUUAGAAGAACAAGACCUUUCUAAACUUCAUUACCUCCAAAGCAUAAUCUCUGAAACUCUUCGGUUGUACCCAGCGGCUCCAUUGCUUCUACCACACUACUCGUCUGAUGACUGCACCAUUGGCGGAUACGACGUGCCACGUGACACAAUCGUAUUGGUCAAUGCAUGGGCCAUACAUAGAGAUCCAAACCUGUGGGAUGUUGCCGAGAGUUUUAAGCCAGAGAGGUUCGAGAUGGGCGAAGGUGAGGCCCACAUCCUUAUGCCAUUUGGGAUAGGGAGAAGGGCCUGUCCUGGGGCUGGCUUCGCCCAACGUGUAGUGGGCUUGACUUUGGGGUCUCUGAUCCAGUGUUUUGAGUGGGAUUCAACGGGGAAGAAGGUUGACAUGACUGAAGGUAAAGGGCUCACCAUGCCAAAAGCGGUGCCACUAGAGGCCAUGUGCAAGGCACGCCCCAUCAUGAAUGCGGUUCUCUCAGAAGCUAUACAGAAUUAAGAAAAAAGUGAUUUGAGAAAAUAAUGUACGAUACUCAAUAAGAUUUCUAUGUUUUCGGCAUAAGGGAAAACAAAUAAAUCUAAAUGCCGGACUAGAUUGUUGAACCAACGUUUAUUAAACUGUUGGAAUGUUAAUGUUAAUAAGCCUUUCGUUGAAGCUGA